GCGACGGUCCAUCUCACAUGCAAUCCUCGUUCCUAUCGUCGUCGGAAUCGGGGACAACAACAGGCGCCGCUGCUGAUGCUGCAUUGAAGGAUGUGUCAAGUUCGCCAUCUGGCUGCCAUUUGUGGCUUUUGCCUAAAGGCGAGAGAGCCAUUGUCAGCAUCUGA